AUUCACAUCCUAAAGCACAAGAAACUCGAAAACUUACAUCUUAUUUUCAUUUCUUAGACUAGUAUUUCUUCAACACAUACAAAAAUGGGUUUUCGGUUACCUGGUAUUGUAAGAAAGGCAUCAUUUACUUCAUCUUCAAAAGCUAUGGAAAUUCCAAAAGGUUAUCUUGCAGUUUAUGUUGGAGAGAAAAUGAAGCGGUUUGUGAUCCCCAUAUCAUACUUGAACCAGCCUUCAUUUCAAGACUUGCUAAGUCAAGCUGAGGAAGAAUUUGGAUAUGAUCAUCCAAUGGGUGGUCUCACAAUUCCUUGUGAAGAAAAUAUGUUCUUAGAUAUCACUUCAAAAAUGGGUUUCCGUUUACCUGUUAUUCGAAGGACAUCGUCAUUCUCAGCUAGCCAAGCAACUUGUAAAUCUGUGGAAGUCCCAAAGGGGCAUUUAGCAGUGUAUGUCGGAGAGAAACAGAAGCGGUUUGUGAUCCCCAUUUCAUACCUGAACCAACCUUCAAUUCAAGACUUGUUGAGCCAAGCGGAGGAAGAGUUCGGAUAUGAUCAUCCUAUGGGAGGUCUAACAAUUCCUUGCAGUGAAUAUGUCUUCCAACAAAUCACUUCUCACUUGGAUUGAUGAUGAAUCUCACACUGCAGGAGACUGACAUAGAUUAGUAUACACAUUUUGUAGAAUAGGCAACUUGUAAUUACACAUUUUUCUAAGUAAAUGAAAGAAGAAUGACCAUUACUAUGACAACAAGU